AUGGAAGCAGAAAACAACGACCUCUCUGAUUAUGAUACUUUCCUAGAGAAAGAUUUCAAUUCCAUUGGGUUUGCAAACGAUCUUUUAUUAGCUACAAACUCAGAUCAAAAUGAAUUAGAUUUAUCAACUUCAAUAAAGAGAGUCAAAUUUGAUAUAAAUAAUAUUGAUCUGAAUUUAGAUAAGAUAAGUGCUGAAGAUCAUGAACAAUUGAUUGAAGAGAUCCAUAAAAGCAACCAAUCAAAAGAAUUAUUUCAACAACUCUCAACACCUUUAGACCACGUAAACAUUUCAUAUAAUAGAUUAGAGAAAGAUAUUAUAGAUCCUUAUAAAGAGGCUACAAAAAUUCAAGAUGCAUUGAAAAAGCUACAUUCCACUUCAUAUCUAUUGAGAGCUGUGACUUAUUUCUUAUAUCUAGCUCAACAAAUUGAAGAAUUAUCAACACCUGAUAAUUUUGAUUCAAAGAUUAAUAAAAAUUCUGGAUUUUUAGUUAAACUAGCUAAAUAUCAUCAUCAAUUAUCUGCUCAUUUCAACAAAAAUACAAACUUGAAAAGCUUAAGGAUAACCAGGGAAUAUGACUUAAUUGCCCAAGAGAAAAAUAAUGAUUUAUUAAGAAUAUUGAAAAGUCAGGUUAAAUCAAUUAAUGAAAUUUCAAUAAAAUCUAAAUCAGAACAAGAAUUGAAAGAUAUAUUCCAUGCAUUUGUCUUAUCUGAUAGAUUGGUUCUCUAUAACACAGUUUAUGAAUUUUUGAAUAAUAAUGUUACACUUUCAGUGAAUUUAUUAACUAGGGUAUUAAAUUCUCCAAGAAAUAUUGAAUCUGCAUUAGACGAAGUUGCUAAAAAGGCAUCAUUAGUAAACUAUAUCGGUGAAACUUUGGAUAAAAUUGAUUUAAAUGAAGUAUCUGAUAAUAGCUCCAUUAAAAAUUCAAGUAAAUCAGUGUUAAAUGAUUUAUUAAAUUUCUUAGAAAUGUCAAAUUUAUUAUCAAUUUUUUGGAGAGAUACCGCAAAAAAAUUUGAAAUUAAAUUCAAAGAAACAAUGAAUAGAGGUGGACCCGUUGGUAAAUCUUUAGCAAGUUAUAAAGAACAGAUUAGAGCGUCGAUAGUGAAAAAAGUCACACAAAGUCAUUCAAGCAUUAAAAAAGAUGGUAUUGAAGUAAGGAUGAUGUUGAAUGCUGUAUCAUCACUAGAUAGGAAAUAA